AUGCAGUACGCGAGCCGUGUCACACCGAAGCAGAAGCAACCAGACACGUCAAUGGGACCUGACUGCGCUGCCGGGGGUAACGGCGGCGGCACCCACCGCUACCCUAUUCACCACGAUAUGCACCGUGGCUCUUCCUCGUCGCCGCGCUGCCUCUCUCCCCACUGCAUGGAACUGAAGAAACAGCAUUAUUUUCAGCCAUCUCCCGAGAAUCAACAGCAGCAGCAUCGCCGUACACUGUCUUCCUCUAACUCGGGCUCUCCGCUCAUGUACGUUGUCUCCCCUGCCACGCCAGACGGAAGCAUGAACCCAUGCCACCGGGGAUACCCCCCCUAUCGCAGCCAUGCAUCGACGCACAGUCUACUCAGCGACUCUGCGUCGUUGAUCAGCGCCAUGAUGGAGGCCAGGACGUAUGCGAGCAGCCCCGAUCUCUCUGUCGUCGGCCCCACGUGGUCCAAGCGAUGUGCGCCGUCGUCGCUUUCCUUGUCGCCAGCGGUGGCCUCACGCGACUUGCCUCUGUCCCAGGCCCAUUCGCCAGACCUGCAGUACUGCCGCCAGCGGCCAUUGAACUCCGUCACAGCGGCCGACUCAUACUUGUCCCAGAUCGACCUUCCUUCCAACGAGGCCCCUCACAUGAAAACGACGUCAACAUUGCUGGGGGAUACCGCCUGCGGUGGCUGGACGAGCCUGAACUUCAACCGUGGCGACACGAUGGCCAGAACCCCGAAGCAGCAGAGUCGCGGCAACUGCCGUAAUAACCUGGGGUGCGUGAUGCUGCCAGAAGAGGUGUCGCAGCCGGACAAGCUCACUCAGUCUGGGAUGCCGACUUCUUCAUUGCCAGUACACUCUGGAAGCGCCGGUACCUCUCGAGUAAGAGGUGACUCACCCUAUCAGCGCGCCUCGGAUGAGAUACCUUCGCGGAAGCAGCAAUCGACGCCGCGGCGCCGUGGGCCUGCCAAUCUGAUGAUUUCUGUCGGCACAAGCUCGUCAGCAGAGGUCGGGGGCGCUAGCCCAUGUAGUGCCUCCACCGGCGGUGCUGACGGGAAUACGAUCGCCCAACAGCAGCACAGUGAAAAUAACUCGUCGGCGCUCAACAGCUCGGUGGAUAAGCGGCUAACCACAACUGCAGCGUUGGUGAGCCACCGGCACACCCCGACGUCUUCUGUAAGCUGGCCCCGUGAUGCAGUUGUGCUUUCGCCUUUCAGCCGAGGCGCAACACCAUCUUUUCACCCCCAUCAGCGAGUCGUCGUAGAGCCACCGGUCGAGUCGAUACCAGUGAUGCCAUCGAAGACCUCUCCCGCAACCAUCCCUACACCUCGCCAAGCCGGCGAUAGUACACAGGAUGGCGUAGCAGCUGACAGCGCUAGUGAAACUCGAGGCUCGUGGGCGUCGCCGCCGCGGCCGCUCGCGUUCGCACAGCACCAGCACUCCGAGAAAGGUUUCAUCGACUCGCAGUCGACUGGGACGCCACAUCAACAGCCGCAGCCACUGCACCCACCACCGCCGAUGCCCUCAUCACCGAAGGUGCUAAAGUCACCUGCGAUGUUUGGUGUCAUCGACCUCUCCUACAGCCGGGUAGACGCGAGCGGCUCGAAGAUGACAAAGUCAAUGUCGACCGGUGCCGCCGCUAUCGGCGCGAACACGGUGGCAACGACGCUCACACCGGCGAGGACGUCUUCGAGAGCACCAGGAGUGAUCAAUGCGCGCGUCCCCGUUUCCUCACUUCCGAGCAGCAGCAGCAACACAUCUGUUAUAUCCGAUCACCACGCCGAUCCAACAUCAGCCGCGACGUCGUCUUCCUCGACGACGGCGACAGGCACGGCAGCCGCACAACAACAUGGCAGAAGCCCCGGCAGCGAUUUUACGGCACGCUACGGUACAGCCAUUGUGCGCAUGGGUCACAGCACAGGCCGGACAGACAGCAGCUGCUCGGCUUCGCACUGCACGCCAAGUCGUAGCCGCGAUGCGGCGACCGCCACUGCACCAACAACGGCGCCCACGACUCCAGGGUAUUCGCCAUGUCGGGAUACCCAGACCCCGGCGCACACAGGUACCAUCAUGUCCCAGCGCGGGACUUUAUGCGCACCUCUCUCACUGCCUCCAGCGAAGAGCGACGAUGAUGCCGACAAGACGGAGCAACAGCAGCAGCGCCAUGUAGUGGAGUCUCAGAAGUGCAUCACGAGUGCUGCGCCGAAGGCCCUGGUGGCUGCACGAGUGCGAAAGUCAGCUGCAGCAUUCCCUAUCGCCUCUGUCGACACGGUGCGCAAGUCGGAGCGUCCGACGCAGGCACUGAUGCUGACGCCCGACACUGUGCUUCCAGUCGCGGUGCCGGAGGAUGGGGCCCGGUACAGCUCCAGCGCCGCCACCACCGCCACGCGAAGCAGCUCCAACAGCCGCGUACAUCCGUCGUUCUCGAGAUCGUUACCCAGGUCGACGAUCGCCAUGAUCAUGACAGCACGCAAGUCUGGUUCCGCUGGUGCUGCAGCUAGCGGUACUGGACGCCUGGAGAGGGUACGUGCCGUAAAGAGCGCCACCAGUGUACCGCCACGCAACGUAGCUGCACAUGAGCGCGGACCGAGCGAGAAGUUGACUGCCACUUUUCCCGGCAGAAGCGCUUUUGCUGGUAACGUAGCUGCCCAGUCAAGUGCCUUUGCCUCCACCGUGAACAUCGGUGUCUUAGCUGGCGCGCGUGGCGCUCACGUGCGUCAGCACAUGAAUGUGAGCUCUGCAGCGACGAGCUCAGUUUUCAGCGAUGUGCCAGGAGCGUCUCCAGCGUUCGAGAGUUUCUCCUUUGUAUCCGGCCGCACUCAAAUGCAGCGCUAUAUCGACCAGUGGCGCGACCGCUAUGAGGAGGACAAGAGCGCGUACAAGGAGGGAGGCUAUCUCACCGUGAUCCCGGGCCGCAUCGUUCACUCGCGGUACGUGCUGAUUCAGAAGCUUGGCUGGGGCGAGUUCAGCACGGUAUGGCUAGGCUACGACACAAAGCACGCUACCAUGGGUCGCGGCCUGUCGCAGGCCUUUGUCGCCGUCAAGAUCGCCAAGUGUCGCUCCAGCGUUCAGGAGGCGACGCGCUACGAGGUGAGCUUGCUGCGCUAUCUUGAGGCGCGGCUCCCGCGGCAUGCCGCCAUCACAAACAUCAUCGACUGCUUCGACGUGCGCGGAGAGUUUGGCAUGCACACUUGCAUGGUCAUCCCCCUCUGUGGACCCAACCUUCUUUCUAUCAUUGAACGCAUGAAGGCGGACCGCAGCCGACGCACGGCCGACGACCUGCGCAUGAUUAAGGAGAUCGUUGUCUCGGUCCUCAUCUCGCUACAUGAGCUGAGCGAGCUGAAUGUCGUGCACACCGACAUCAAGCCGGAAAACGUGCUGUGCUCGGCGGUGGACUCAAAGUUGGUUAGUUCAAUGGAGAAGUUCUGUAGCUACAAUCAGGAGCGGAGUCACAUGAUCAGCCUCGUGGAAUUCAAGGAGUCGAUGGCGCAGCAGACGACGGACCGCCUGGUGUGCCUUGCUGACUUUGGCUUGUCGGCGCUGCUGGAGCCGCCGAGCUCUGCACCGUUCUGGAUGUCUAUGUGCGGUAAUGUCGAUGCCUCACUGCUGGCGCCACUCAUGCGCUGCAAAAAGAACUUCCCAGUGACGCGGUCCGGCGUCAUGGACAACCAGCGCGGCACGCUCAUCCAGACUCGUGAGUACCGCGCACCGGAGGUGUUGCUAGGGCUCGAUUUCACCUGCGCGACGGACGUGUGGAGCGUGGGGUGUAUGACGUUUGAGCUCAUCACCGGGAGAUUUCUGAUGGAUCCGAAGAGGUCGAGUGGUCCGCGUGAUAUGGACAUUGAGCAUCUCGCCAUGAUGAUGCAGCUCCUCGGACCGCUACCGUCCGAGAUCACAGACAUUCGUGUGCGCAACAACGACUACUACGAUGCGGUCGUGCAAGGGACGCCGGUGCCGAAGAGCGGGCUUCGGCCGCCACCAGAGUAUCUGCACCGCUUUGUGGACCGGAACGGUAACUUUAUCUACGCCUCGCGCUACCACUCCUACCCGCGCCGAAACUUGGAGUUGGAGCUGGAGCCGUACCUCAGCUUCCAAGAGGCGCGCCUGGCGGCCAGCUUUAUCUUAUCAUGCUUGCACUCGUACGACCCAAAGCAGCGACCCUCGGCUAAGAAGCUACUCGGUCACCAGUGGCUCCACGGCGUUGGUGUCGCAUCCAAGGGGAAGACGUCGUCGAGGUAG